CCUAUCGUUUUCCUAUCCCUGUUGCUGGCUGCCGGAACAUGCUUCGCUCGCUACAAUGGAAUGUAUGACAGUCGCAACCUUAUCGAGAGAGACGAACCGGAAAUCAACGGUGACAUGGAAAUUGUCGAGUGUCCAGUUUGCGAGGACUCGGGUCACUGGCUGACCAGUAAUGAAGUGUGCACCAUUGUCAAAGGCCAUAGAAAGUACAAGAAAUGCGAUCAUGGAACUUACAUUAACGAAGUCUGCGGAAAUCGACGAGAUUGCUUCAGGGGUCCGGGAGAACAAUGCACAGAAAAAAUGGAAUUUGACACUUACGGCCAGAAAUGCGCUCCCGGUUACUACUGCAACAAGCCUAUGGGUAUCUGUCAAGGCAUGGACUACGUGCUGGACAGCAAUGAGCUCUUUCUCCUGAACCCCCACCGCAGAUACUCCUUGCAACGAAACACACUGAAAGGACCCAUGUCCCAUUCAUUACUCGACGCGAUUAGAAAUUGAAUAACGCAAUGUUUAGAAAAUAAAUAAAAAUGGAAAGAAUAAAAAUAUAUAUAGGUACGCAAAUGGUUUUCAAGGAUUUCAUGAUUACCAAAUAUUAUUUACACAUUCCAUAUUAAUUAUUGUUAUGUUUUAAUAAGCAUUUAUUCAAGCCACUGUGUAUGAUGUGUAUUCCAAAUAAUGUAUUUUAUAUCAAUAUAUCUCUAGUCAAAUUUAAAUAAUGUUUACUCUUAUAAGUUAUAAUUAAUAAUGUACUAGUCAUAGUUUUAAGUCUCUUUAAUGUAAUUAAUAAUUUAUAAAUUACGUCUUCUUGCCAAUUAUGUAGCUAUUCGUUUAUUGUGUCGGAUCUCAGUCACUAUAUUUGGAUCUCAUUAAGCAUG